AGACAAAGCAGAUUCUCUGCAAUUGAUUUACCUUAGGACCAAAAUACGGGAAAGAUCUCAUGGAUGCAGAGCAGCUAACGCCAUCCUCUUUAAACUUCACGUCCACUAACGUUAAAGGAAACGGAGCGUCAACGCUUCAGACGUCGACUGGUCAGAAGAACCCUCGUACCGAGGCGUUGUCCAAGCCCCCUUCGCACAAGCCCCAGCUCGACAAGGCUUGGAGCCGAGCCUUGAUCGCGUGUGCAGCCACUUUUUUCUCGUCCGCUGUCCACUCCACAUCUGGCUUCUUUUAUGUGGCCUUUAUGCGACAAUACGGGAUCAACAGACAAGCAGCUUCUUGGCCGACCAGUGUCUUUCAAGCCGUGGAUGAUGUCUCAGGGGUCUUUGUGGCAGUCCUUCAGAAUUUCUUCGCAGUAUCCACAAUCAGCCUUCUCGGAAGCGUGCUUUUCUGGGUGGGCAUUUUCGCCUCUGUAUUCGUUCCUGAUAUAACAUGGAUGACUUUCACUUUCGGAUUUGUACAGGGUGCUGGAUCAGGAAUUGUGUCUGUUGCAUCAACCAUGAUAAUGUUGAUGUACUUCGACAAGUACCGAGGCUUCGCCACUGGUAUACGCUACACCGGAUACUCGCUUUCAUCUCUGCUGUACCCGCCAGUUCUAGCUCUUCUCGACGAAACUUUUUCAUUUCGACAGAUGAUGUUGUUAUUCGGAGCCAUCAGCCUACACCUGACGCCGCUCGUCCUUAGCCUAAAGGAACCCCCGUGGGAACAAAAGUCACAGCGACUGAAGAUACAAGUAGCAGGAGCAAAAGAAAAUUCUGCUGUCUUAAAUUGCCAUUCGGUACAACAAGAUCAACAAAAAGAGAAACUGAGCCAAGACAAAACUAUUAAGCAAAUCUUUAGUGUUAACAGACAAAAAAAUAUGUUUCAGUUUAAUGACAACUCCGACCAUAUGGGUGGAUCCGGCUCGGAAGCAGCGCUCUAUCGGCAGACAGCAAAUGAGUCUAUUGUUCCUGAUUGUAUCAUGACUACACAAACCUCAAAGGAUUGUGCGAACAGUAUGAACGCGAUGGGUCAUCUAUGUAGACUCGAACGUUUAAAAACUGCCCAAAAUGGUAUCAAUGGUGGCUUCCGGGCUGCUAGAAUCUCAAUUGGAGAUACUGAAGUCGACACAGCCCUUCAAGAAUAUAGAGCGAGAUUUGCGCUCGCUCUUUCGCGAAGCUCUGUCUGCGCGAUGGAUGGCAAUCCUGCUGCAAGCAGUUACGAAAGUUCCGCGGGGAAAAGAGCCUCCCAUCUCAGCCUCUUCUUGAAGCCGACUUUCUGGGCAUUGGUUCUGGGUGGUGUUCUAGCGGACUACACCGACUGCGCUUUUAUGGCGACCAUUGUGGAUUCUGCCCUUGACCGUGGCGCGACAAGGUACCAAGCAGACCUAUCUAUAGCUUGUUCCGCACCGUCGCAGCUUUUGGGACGUGCCGUACUUCCGUUGAUUGCCGACAUAGCUUUGACAAACCGUGCGUCUUUGGCGUGUGCCUGCUACUUUCUUUUCGGUGCCUGUAUUGCUACGUUGGCUACGACUACCAGCUUUGUAACGUACGCGCCCUGUAUGGCUCUGGCGUCACUGUUUAUGGGAUGCUUGACUACAAUGAAGCACGUGGUGGCGGCCGAUUUCUUUGGUGUGGAUGUAGUGCCUGUAGCGUGGGCUACAACCGGCGUCGUACUUCUGCCCAUGCUUCUCGGCAACCCGUCUAUUCUAGGUUUCUUCAGAGACAAACAAGGAGCCUACAACAAUUUCUAUUAUGUCCUCGGCUCGUUUCAUUUGUUAACGGGGUCCCUAUUUAUUAUUCUGCUAUAUUCAACUUCGAAGAGACAGAAAAAAUGGACUCUCAAGGCGAGUGAAACGAAUGCCAAGGGAUUCAGCGCCAUUAAUCAUAAGCCGUAGAAAAACACAAGAUCACAUGACGACAAAUAUAGCAGAAACAGCGCUAUCCCUUUCUUUAUUGUGGCAGAACACAUGUAGCCACUUAAAAUUCAAGAAACGAGAACGCGUUCUGCAAAAUGGGCUUUCAAGACACAAGCAUCAUCACGAGAGUAUGAAUUAAAACCACGUUUGGUAAGUAAGGUGAUUGUUCUCCUA